AUGGAUGGGAAAUUAGAAAAAGUAUCUAAAUAUGAAACUUUAAAACUUUUAGAAAAAUGUCGGAGAGAAAGAGACGAAGCUAUGCAGCGCGAGAGUGCCAUCAGGGAAAAACUGAGACAAUACGAAUCCAGAAUAAGGUCAACCGAAACGCUUAAACAGAAACUGAAGACAAUGACUUUAGACAAUAAAGAGCUCCGAAAACAGUUGAAAACGCUUCGCUCUGAAAUCGGAUUAGAAUCCAGUCCGAAAUUUCAGGGUAAAACAACUAAAGACGUAAUCAAUGACCUGCAUGAGAAAGAGCGCCAGUGCAGCUCCCUCAUUGAGAAAACGGGCAAAUUAAGUUUGACAAUCGAUGAACUUACGUCUGAACUAGCUAACACAGUUACUUCAAAAACACUUCUGGAGGACCAAGUACAAUCACUGCAACAAAAUCUUAGGGAUAUGACGAACAACCAGCGACGCCUUCUAAAAUUAUGGGAAGAUAAAAAAGCUCAACGUGAACCCUUAUCGUUCCCGGCAAUUCAUCAGAGACCAGGCCAAAAACCGAUUAUUCACAAGGGAACUCAAACGGAGAUGUCCAUCAGCUCCACACAAAUACUCCCGGCGAAUGCGUUCGAAACCAAGAUGCGACGCGAACCCGAGAAAAACAGAAGUCUGGAGAAACGCAAUUUUACAUUACCAAAUGGCAUCCAUAGAGAAAAAACAGCCUUAAGCCUUGUUUCAAAAUGAAACUAAACCAGUACAUAAUUGAUAAUAACUUUAAUGACAAUAUAUCAAGCUCUGAAUGUACUUACAACUGCCUCAAAUAUGUCCCUUGAGUAAAUUCUACGGGUGCAUUAAUUUUAAAAUUCAUUAUAUUUGCAUUAAUAUUUAGCCGUGUGUUUUUUAAACACGUUU